UCUCGCUCACUCACUCAAGUGAGUGGUGAGAAACAGAGCGACUUCAGAGCUCGUGAAGAAAAGCUUUUGCUCUCGCUCUUCUUCUUCUUCUUCUUCUUCUUCUUCAAUGGCUGUCCCGGUCUUUUCCAAAGUGUCUGUGUCGUUCGGCCUGUUCGUGGGUCUUGCGUUGUUGGUGGGUCUGGUCGCGGGUGCGAGGUUUGAGGAGCUCUACCAGCCGGGCUGGGCUAUGGACCAUUUUGUCUACGAAGGAGAGGUUCUCAAGCUCAAGCUUGACAACUACUCUGGCGCUGGGUUCGGGUCGAAGAGCAAGUACAUGUUCGGCAAAGUUACCAUCCAGAUCAAGCUCGUCGAGGGCGACUCGGCUGGGACCGUCACUGCUUUCUACAUGUCGUCGGAUGGACCGAACCACAACGAAUUCGACUUCGAGUUCCUGGGCAACACGACAGGGGAGCCCUACCUGGUACAGACCAACGUGUACGUGAACGGGGUGGGCAACCGGGAGCAGAGGCUCGGCCUCUGGUUCGACCCCACCACUGACUUCCACUCCUACUCCGUCCUCUGGAACCAGCGCCAAGUCGUGUUUCUUGUGGACGAGACACCGAUCCGCGUGCACACCAACUUGGAGCACCGGGGCAUCCCGUACCCGAAGGACCAGCCCAUGGGCGUCUACAGCUCGAUAUGGAACGCCGACGACUGGGCCACCCAGGGCGGCCGCAUCAAGACCGACUGGACCCACGCCCCCUUCAUCACGUCCUACCGUAACUUCGAGAUCGACGCGUGCGAGUGCCCGGCGACCAUGGCGGCGGCAGACAACGCCAAGCGGUGCAGCAGCGCCGGCAGGGAGAGGCGGUACUGGUGGGACGAGCCCACGGUGUCCGAGCUGAGCCUCCACCAGAACCACCAGCUCAAGUGGGUCCAGGCCCACCACAUGGUCUACGACUACUGCAAGGACACGGCGCGGUUCCCGGUCAUGCCAGCCGAGUGCGAGCACCACCGUCAUUGAGCGAAAAGUCCCACGUGAAUUGUGAUCGACCGGGUCGAUGGUCAUGGAGGUUGUUGGAUUCUAGAGGGGGAUGGGUUGGGUUGUUGUGAAAAAGUCAUAAGAAAAACCGGACAUGUUCUCCGUGUUCUUUGAUAUCUUCCUUUCUUUGAAAUUUUUUGGUGGUUGGGUCUUUUGUUGCAGCAUGUAAUAUAAUUUCGAUUCGAAUCAAAUCCCCGGUCACAUAAUCUC